AUGGCCAUCUUCUCGUCGCUCAGCACCUUCUUCAGACGCCACAGACGCAAACUCGUGGUGUCGUCGUCGGUGGCGCUAGCCGCGUAUUUCCUCUUUAAUCAUUUUGUUCUCAAGAAGAUCCGGUCGUUUCAAGAUUCUCUCAAACAAGAGGCGUUUGUUCGGGAACAAAUCAAGCGACGGUUUGCCCAGACUCAACGGGAUUGCUACUUGACCAUCUUGGCCCUAUUGCCCGUUCUUACCCAGCCCAUUGUUGAUGAACUCCCGGUGGAGUUGGUGACUCAAGCAUUGAAGCUGAAGAAGGGGGGUGCCUCUAAUAACAACAACAACACUGGUGGUGGUGGUGCUACUGCCAUGUCCGCCAGUGGUAGACUCACCGAUCUGAUGUUGACCCUGGACAACUUGGAACUGCUCGAAAGAGGUCCAGGCCCCGUUGUCGGCGCUUCCCGUGGAGCUACAGACAUGGCGUUCUACACCAACCAACUGAAGACAGAGCUCUGGAAACUCCUCAAAAUCAAAACAAUCACCCGGUUUUUGACCUUGGUAUAUCUGAUGGGCGGUCUUUUGAUCAUCACGAGACUCCUGAUGAACAUUUUGGCCCGGAGAUCUUACCUUGAAUCAGCGGUGCUGAUGGCAGGGAAGAACAAGAACCCCCCCCGGCUGUCAGCUCCUUCUCUUCACCUGAUGUCAGAAUCCCAAGACUACUACUCCGAGCAAUCUUAUCUCCUGCUCUCAUGGUGGCUUCUCAACAAGGGCUGGAUCCAACUCGCUGAUGCCAUUGAACCACUAGUGGUGACCCAUUUCGAGUCGGUCAAUGCUCGGUCUGAACUCUCGAUCGAUGAGUUUGAAUCCAUUCUCUCGAAAGUGGUGGGUGAAUUGAAUAGUGCCCACUACCGUCUGGUGGUGGUAUCGGCCAUCUUCCCACCCAAUUCACAAGACGCGUUGAUUGAGACUCUUUCCAAUACAACCCCGGAAAUCAUCCCGGAACUCUACCAACAGGACUCCACGUUGAUCAAGCUUGUUGACGAGACUUACUACUUCAUCCAUGAGGACCCUUUGUUCCUUGACACAUACUACAACUUGGUGGAGAACAGUGCACUUGUCACAUUACUGCAGAACCUCUCGGCCACCCUCGAACCAGAACGAUUGCUUGCCUUGGAUGCCGUUGAAAACGCGGACUCAAACUCGAAAAUCUUUGAAGUUGAGGCCAUCCCUCAGGGGAAAAAGUUCAAAUUGGCCAGCUUAUUGGCCCAAUUGAGUGUCCAGAGCGGCGUUCUUUGCGACACCAACAACCUUGCGCCAAGCCCGGGGCUGGUCUCGGACGACAACGACGACGACGACGAGCCCACGGGGAACGUCUUCAUCAACAACUUGGACCUGUUGGAGAUCUUGGACGAGUUGAGCGCCAGUGUAUAUUCCAAUUUCCAGUAG